AUUUGUUAUUCUUAGGGCCGGGAACAACGUGAACAGUGCGUCGACUUGCUCAGAAGGACCGUGUCUACAGAAGGGAAGGGACCUUGUGUUCUGGGCUCCACUCAGCGGGAUUCUCACGCUCAAGGAUUAUUUCGUGACACAGCAGUGGAAAUAUAUAUACAAAAAAGUUGAUCCUUCAGAUGCGAGGUGUGAAGAAGAUAAAAAGGUGAACGGCAAGAACGGAGUACUUACACGGUUUGGUGACAAAAUGAGGGGAGGUUGCGAAGGGCUUGGGAGACGCGACGGGACGGCCAGGUGGGCUGGGCACCGGGUGAGCUGCGGGCCUUUUCUCGUGGUGAUAUUGAUGGGGAUUGUGACACUCCGGACUUUUGGUCUAGCUCAACUUGCGGAUGCUGAUACGACGAGUGACCUUCUCAAAGAUGUAGACACACUGGAAUCAAAACCAGAUGUCACUUCUGCUGAUCCGAGACACACUGCCACAGUUACGAGCGCAACACAACACCCCGAGAAUCUGAGCGAGCAACCGUCAGGCUGCUUGGCGGGGCAAGAGGCCGAUUCAGCCGGCGGGGCUGGUGACCCAAAGUGCCGGGACCAGUCCAGGAAUUCCGCGGCGAGGCUGGACACACAUGUUGACCUACUUCAAGUCGGAUCUACUGAACAUGAUGCAGACCCAUGCUCACUACAGCCAUGCGGGGACGGUACUUGCGAGAGGCUGCAGUCUGGUUUUCGGUGUUUUUGCGCUCCACCUUGGACUGGACCUUUAUGCCUGAUGGAAUUCCUUCCUUCCCCCUGCGAAAGUACACCGUGUACGAAUCGGGCCACAUGCCUGGAAACACCGACCGGCUAUCGGUGUUUAUGCCCUGCAGGUUUCACCGGUUCAAGCUGUGAGACCGACAUUGUCGACUGUGGUUCUUCACCGUGCGAACACGGCGCUAUCUGCAUCGAUGGAUUUGAGUCUGGGGGUUUUACCUGCAUUUGUACGAUGGGAUACCGUGGCACUCGCUGCCAGAUCAAUGUCGACGAUUGCUUGCCGGGACGGUGUCGACACAAUGCUACAUGUGUCGACCUUGUGGCUGACUACGCCUGCAUAUGCCCCAAGGGAUUCUAUGGCAAGUUCUGCGAGUUUGAUGUCGACGAAUGCAUGAGCAAUCCUUGUCGAAAUGGAGCAGAAUGUGUCGAACUCAGCGGGGACUACAGUUGCGAGUGUGGCCCAGAAUUCACCGGCAGAAAUUGCGAGUCUCGUCUGAUCGACACCUGCGCAACAAGCCCGUGUGAGAACGGCGGCACGUGUGUUGAUCACAGCCAGGGGACGUUCAGCUGCCACUGUGCGGUAGGGUACGAAGGGGAGAGAUGCCAGACCGAAGUAAACGAGUGCCAAACGACAAAGAAGAAACGAAAGUCUGAUUCGACAGGAUUGUGCAACAAUGGUGGGACAUGUGAGGAUCUAGUGGGUGGGUACAAGUGUCAUUGCCUUCCUGGAUUCAAAGGCAAACACUGUCAUACCAAAAUCAACGAAUGUGUGAGUUCUCCAUGUCAGUACGGUGUGUGUCAAGAUCAGCAUAAUAGCUACAGGUGUGUGUGUCUCCCUGGAUUCCAAGGGGUGCACUGUGAGAUCAAUGUCAAUGAAUGUGACAGUGACCCCUGUGUGAAUAAUGCCACAUGCAUUGACCUCAUUGAUGGCUUCUACUGCGCAUGCCAUCGGGACUAUCAUGGGAUGUUCUGUGAACUCCCGACCAACCGCUGCUCUUCAGACCCUUGCCAGAACCAGGGUGUGUGUUACAACAUGGAAAUGGAUUUCACGUGCGAAUGCCAGCGGGGUUACACUGGUAAGACCUGUGGGCUCGAGGUGGAUGAAUGUGUGUCCGAUCCUUGUCAGAAUGGCGCAACUUGCGUCGACACCAUCGGCGGUUAUUCCUGUUUCUGCCUUCUUGGCUUUGAAGGACUCCACUGUGAAAUACUUGUGGAUGAUUGUGAGACGGACCCAUGCCUGAACCAGGGAACUUGCCUAGAUGGCAUCGGCACGUUCUACUGUGCGUGCUCACCGGGAUACUACGGAGUGAUCUGCGAGCAUGACAUCAACGAAUGCUGGUCAGAUCCUUGCCAGAACUUCGGUGGAUGCUUGGAUCUGAUUGACGAUUACAUUUGCAACUGUGCACCGGGUUUCACGGGCAAGCAGUGCCAAAUUGACAUACAGGAGUGCGUGUCGGCACCGUGCUUACACGGUGGCACUUGCGUGGACUUGGUGGCUACCUACAGGUGCGACUGUCCUGUCGGCUACACCGGGCAAAACUGCGAGGUGAACAUGGAUGAGUGCGCGGGGCGGCCCUGCUUCAACGCGGCGACCUGCGUGGACGGGAUCGGUGAGUUCCGCUGCUACUGUCGAGACGGUUAUGAGGGGGAAUCCUGCGAGGUUAACGUGGAUGAAUGCGACUCAAACCCAUGCGAGAACGGCGGUGUUUGCUACGACCAGGUAGAUGGGUUUUACUGCCAGUGCCCGGCUGGGUUUGUCGGUCAACGAUGUCAGAGCGACACGGACGAGUGUGCUGGUAACCCCUGUUUGCACGAGUCGACAUGUCUGGACAUGGUGCAUGAUUUCAUUUGUCUGUGCGCAGCUGGUUUUACCGGUACCUACUGCGAGGAGAAUAUUGAUGACUGUGAAGAUGGACCCUGUGUGCACGGUACUUGUAUAGAUGGAGUCGAUGGAUACCUGUGCUCCUGCCAAGACGGGUUCACCGGACAGAACUGUGAUGAGCAGAUUGACGAGUGCGCCAGCUUUCCCUGCCAACAAAAUGGCUCCUGCGUCAAUCAGAGGAACAGCUUUGUGUGUCGAUGUUUGCCAGGCACUGAGGGAAGACUUUGCGAACUCACCACUGACAACUGCCUCUCUGCUCCCUGUUUGCACAACGGGACGUGCUGGACGGACGACUCGGCAUUUAGCUGCGACUGCGCCGACGGCUACGGCGGAGAGAGAUGCGAGAUCAAUCUGGACGAGUGUUCCAGCUCGCCAUGCCAAAAUAACGGUCGGUGUGUCGACAGAACGGGCUGGUACCAGUGCGUCUGCGCACCCGGCUAUCUAGGGAUCAACUGUGAGGUCGACAACGAUGACUGUGCGCCGAAUCCCUGCGCGCAUCGCAAUGCUACGUGCGUCGAUUUGCCGAAUGGGUUUGAGUGUCUUUGCCCGCCUGGUUUUGAAGGAAAAAAGUGCGAAGUAGAAAUUGAUGAAUGCAAGUCGACACCAUGUGCUGGAAACGCUACAUGUUUAAAAGGAGACGAUGGUUUCACUUGUUUAUGUCCUCCAGGAGUCACAGGAUUUCUGUGUGAUGUGCAGCUGUAUGAAUGCAGCAGCAACCCGUGUCGAAACGGUGCUUAUUGUGUCGAUCAGAUGAACGCAUUCGAGUGUCGAUGCCGUAGAGGAUUUACAGGUUCACAGUGCGAGAUGGAGAUAUCAGAAUGCGAGAGCAGCCCGUGCUUGAACAAUGGGUCGUGUGUCGAUCUGAUCGACGGCUUCAAGUGUGAGUGUCUUGGAGGAUACAUCGGAGUCCACUGCCAGGCAGAGAUUGAUGAGUGUCAGUCCAAUCCUUGUAUGCAUGGCGGGGAAUGCGUAGAUGAAGUGGACGGAUUUACUUGCGAUUGCUUGCCAGGGUACGAUGGCGUUUUAUGCCAGGAGAACAUUGACGAGUGCAGAAGUUCACCGUGCAUAGAUGAGGUAGACUCACAGCACGCCAGUGUGUGCGUAGACAUGGUGGAUGGUUUCAGGUGCAUCUGCCCGCAAUCUAGGACAGGAGAAAGGUGUGAGACCUCAGUCAACGUCUGCUGGAGUAACCCGUGUAAAAACAACGCAACGUGUCUUUUGGUAGACGGGGGAUUGGAAUGUGAAUGCCCAACCGGAGUAGCAGGACUUCUAUGCGAUGUGAUACUGCCUGCUUGUAGUAGCAGUCCUUGUCAAAAUGGCGGCAGCUGUUCCAGCCACCCAAGUGGUGGGUUCUUGUGUUUGUGCAGGCCAGGGUACACCGGGGAUCGAUGCGAGAAUCAGACGAAUGAAUGUGCCAGCGAUCCUUGUCGAAACAACGCAACUUGUCUGGACUUGGAGGAUGGUUACCGUUGCGAAUGCGUGGAAGGGUUAGCUGGGUUGGAUUGUGGGAUGGACGUGGACGAGUGCCGGUCAGAACCGUGUAUGCAUGGCGGGCAAUGCCUGGAUCUGAUCGGGGGUUUCUUCUGUGAGUGUCCGCUGGGCUUUGACGGCGUGCUCUGCCAACAUGACAUGGAUGAGUGUGCCAGCUCGCCGUGUGUCGGUGAGGGCAACGAAAUCCAGGGAUACGGAAGCGUGUGCAUAGAUGUGGUAGGUGGAUACCGAUGUAUUUGCCCGCCCAGUCAAACAGGGGAGCAUUGUGAGGUGUGGAUUGAUUCCUGUUGGAGUGACCCGUGCCAGAACCAAGGCACCUGCCACUCAUUAGAGGGGAAAUUUGCAUGUGUCUGCCCAUCGGGCUUUACAGGUGAGACAUGCUCCGUCAACAUAGAUGACUGUGCCAGUGGACCAUGUGUUUAUGGCCAGUGUAUCGAUGGCGUGGACUCGUACCGCUGCAAGUGUCUGUAUGGUUUUCAGGGAGAGCACUGUGAGAAGAACAUCAACGAUUGUCAACCGGACCCGUGUUUUAACAAGGCAACCUGUGUGGAUAUGAUCAGUGGCUUCGCCUGCCUUUGCAAGCCUGGGUUCUCAGGCAAAGGGUGCAAGGACGUCAAGUAUCCAUGCGCGGACGACCCGUGUCUCCAUGGAGGGACGUGUGUAGACAGCACUGGAAUGGGAGACGAGUACUGGUGUACGUGUCCCGAUGGUUGGGCGGGACGAUACUGCGAGGUGCGGGUUGGUGCUUGCCUCUCGCAACCUUGCCGUAACUGUGGUCGCUGUGUCCCAUCCAACGAGCCGAACGGUGACGGGUUCGUCUGUCAGUGCGAGGAGGGUUUCACUGGGGAAGUCUGCGAGACUAUGAUCGACUUCUGUGCUGGAAAUCCUUGCACAGAGGCUGGGACGUGUUUACGGGAGGCUAGAGGAUUCAAGUGCGUCUGCAUGCACGGGUACGUUGGUCAACGCUGUGAGAUCCAUCAGCAGCCACUGAGAUGAGAGAGGGGACUUCAAGAAGUAACUACAGCCUCACCAUCCAGUAUGCAUCAAGCAUUUCGGCGCCAAGAUUGCUCAAAGAACAUUGGGAUCUUAUAAACUCUACAAAAGAUGCUCACACUGGGACGAUUCUACUCGAAACAGUAGUAUACAAAUGGUGUAUAUAGGACAAGAGGAUCCUGUUUUUAGACUGAGUUUUGCUCAGGUCGCAACAAAUUUAUGUGCGAAACGUUCUGUGCGAGAAACUCUGGAUCGAUGGCAUUAGUAUAACUUUUUAUGCCACCUUGCGAACACAAAUUUCACCUGAACAGAUGACCAGAGUUUUAUUAUUUUUUUUUUUUAAAUCGAUGUUAAAACAUGUAAAAGGCAUUAUGUUUGGCAUGAAACAAACGAUUGUCAGUUAUACUAAUUAUAAAUGGGAUUAUUGGUGGGAAAAUUUCGCUCAACUUUCGUGGGGUUAUCAUAAAAGUUAAAAUAUAUAUAUCUUUAUUUCCUCCGGAUAAAUAAUCCAAAAGUUGAACAAC